AUGAUUGCCGCUUCGGCCCCGUCGCACUGCAGUUCACGACAUGUUUUACGACCUAACACUCCUUUGCCCGUUCGCAUCGCUCACGACCUAUACCCGGCUCGGUUUCGCUUUGCCGCAGGUACCACCCACUAUCUUAUCCGCAUCCUUAUGUUCUCGCUCGCUACGUACUUCGCGCGCGCUCGCCAGCGCGAUGUAUUGGCUACGUACACGUUCGCAACCGCGUCUCCGCCGCCGGCUUGAUGCAUGGCAUGGCAUACAUAUUUUAUUCUUCUGGUUCCCCGUCUUCGCUGUAUACGCCCCCGGUCCUUUUGUCGUCUAAGUAACAUCACCUUCCUCCUCAUACAGUCUUCUGUAACGCACGCGCCUGCAUGUUCUUUGGAUCACUUUUGUAGUGCUGUAUUAGAAUGCAACCCCGUUGGAAGAAUCGCCGUGGCUUGUUCUCGCCCGCGAUCGCAUGAGUUCCGACCGAAGUGCGGGGCCGCGGUCUUUGCAGCAGAGCGGGCCCAUCGUCGCCCCAGGGGGCGGCGGGGUGAAAUUAUGGGGAAAAAGCCGGGGAAGAGAACUGAUUGACAUCAUCUCCCCCUCUCUUUCUUUUUCUCGUACUCCCACCACGAACACCAUGUCCGAGAGCUACUUCAUUGGCGUCGACGUUGGGACCGGCUCCGCGCGCGCGGGGCUCGUCAAGCGCGACGGUACGUUCGUCGCAUCGCAUA